AAAACCAGCACGUAUCCUCUGCUGCUGGUUUCUUAUUUUCUUAUCUAACUUUCCUUUCCUUCGUUCGUUGUAUCUUUGCUAACGAUUCGUAGCAUGUCUUUCAGAGGAGGGGUGAAUGCAGCUUCUGGCCUUGGAGUUGCUGAUCACAGUAAAAACGCAUUUUUGGAACUGAAGAGGAAGAAGGUGCAUCGUUAUGUGAUUUUUAAGAUUGAUGAAAAGAAAAAGGAAGUUGUGGUUGAGAAGACUGGAGGUCCAGCUGAAAAUUAUGAUGACUUCACAGCAGCGAUGCCAGAGAAUGACUGCCGAUAUGCGGUUUAUGACUUUGAUUUUGUGACCUCUGAGAAUUGCCAAAUGAGCAAGAUCUUCUUCAUUGCAUGGUCACCCUCAAUUUCACGGAUCCGGUCCAAGAUGCUGUAUGCCACUUCCAAGGACAGGUUCAGGAGAGAGCUUGAUGGCAUCCACUAUGAGAUUCAGGCUACUGACCCUACUGAAAUGGAUCUUGAAGUGAUCAGAGACCGUGCACACUGAGCAUUUCUUUUGGUUCAAAGGGUUUUGCAUCAAACACCAGCUAGGCUAGCUGAGCUUUUGCUGGUCAAAAAGGAUAAGGGCCUUCCCUGCUUAACUUAGUUACUAAUAUGUGCAGUUCUGUUUCUGACGUUGGACAUAUGGCUUUAUAGUUAAAUAAAUCAGAACCUGGGAAGGCUGAUAGGGUUGGAGGAAGCCCUUGUCUAGACAUUGAGCGCUGGGAACUCUUGGCUUUCUUUUAAUCAUGAUGCUUCUCAGAUUCAGUUGGGAUUUGGUGGAUAUUGGUAAUUGGCUCUAAAGUAUAUAUUAUAUAUGAAAUGGGUGUUAGUCGCA